AUGCUAUCUGUUUUCAUCCAUACUACAAAUAGAUCCUUUAGAAAUCUUAUCACUCAUGAAGAUGGUGCCUUACUUGAUAUUUGGAAUGAAUAUUUCAAUACAAACUUCUUAGGAGAUGUUACAACAUGCGUAAAUUGUUCGCUCUCAAGUAGAAGUCAAUAUUUCUUUUAUCAAUGCAUAUUUUACAAUUUAACAAAUAGUGGAAUAUACAUUUCUGACAGCAGUUACAAUUUUUUGGACUCAGAUUGCAUGUUUUAUAACUGUUAUAGCCCAGGUAUAGGAGGCGGAAUGCAUAUUGAUAAUUCCAAUUCUGCUAUUCACAGACGAUUUUGUGGGAAUUUUUGUAAAGGUCAAACAGAUGGUGAUGGAGCUCAAUUUGUCUAUUCAUAUGCUGUAUACAAUAAUUCAUUGAUUGAAGGAACUGUAUUUGAUUGCGGAAGAAAUUAUGGUGGUAAUACAAUCAGAUUUAAAAGUGGCACACAGUUAAUUCAUUCAGUAAAUGAUAGCUUUAAUCAUGCAAUAUGGGACUCCUGUUUUUAUACUCAAAGUGGAACUUCUAUUAAUGUGAAUUAUACCACAUUUUAUGGAAAUAGUAACACAGAAUAUAAUGAUAUGUUUCAAAUUGAUAUAAAAGGCAUAUUCUAUUCUUCAAAUAUAAUAAAUAAUUCGAAGAGUUCAACUUUUAUUAAUAACGGAAAUGGUGGAACUACAACUUUUUAUCAUUGCUCUUUCAUGCAAAAUGCGUAUUCAUCAUUUUCAGCAACAACAACAAUUUUAGAUAACUGUUUCAUUGAUUCAUAUUAUGGUUACACCUCAACAAAUUCUGCUGAGACAAGUUUUGUAAAUCCACUCUCACAUUUAUCAACUGCGUUUUGCUAUGCUGCCAUACCAAUAACGCCAGACAAUCAAAAACGAUCCGAAUCAACCGAAGAACCGAAAUCUCAUAAGCGAAAUGGAAAAUUAUUAAUGUUUUUAGGUUGUUCAUAUACUUAA